AGGUGUACGGAUACACCGGGUGCACGCUACGUAACUUUGUCCCCCCGUGCACCGCUAUGCUAUAAACCGAUCCCAGUGUUCAAAAGUUAGCUCCGUUCCCUCCACCCUCCUUUUAAACCAACCACCUCAAGAAGAAAAGGAAAAAAAGAGAAAAAGAAAAACCCAAGAAACUAAACAAAAAUCCCAAACAACCCUCACAAGCAUGACCAUCUUGAUCCCAAGAACCACCACCACCACAACCAUCCUCUUCUUCUUCUUCUUCUUAUUCUUCUAUGGUGGUGGCGGGGAAGGCACCGGCGAAGGCGGCGGGGAGUGGCGGUUGCUGCACGAGAGCAUCGGCAUCUCAGCGAUGCACAUGCAGCUCCUCCCGGGGGACAAAGUGGUGAUGUUCGACCGCACCGACUUCGGCCCCUCCAACAUCUCCCUCCCCGACGGCCGCGUCGUCAUCCUCGGCGGCCGCCGCCAAUUCAACUACGAGUUCUUCCCCCGCGCGUCCGACCGCGAGCUCUACGAAUUCCCCUUCCUCGAGGAGACCCGCGACGCCGAUGACGAGAACAACCUCUACCCGUUCCUCCACCUCCUCCCCGACGGCGGCCUCUUCGUCUUCGCCAACAACCGCUCCGUCGUCUUCGACCCCUUCCUCCGCCGCCCGCCGCGCCGGCUCCCGGACCUGCCGGGAGGCGCGCCGCGGAACUACCCGAGCUCGGGCUCGUCGGCGCUGCUGCCGCUGCGCCCGGAGUCGCCGGCGCGCGGGGAGGUGCUGGUCUGCGGCGGCGCGCCGCGCGGGGCGUACGCGUGGGCGCGGCGCGGGGCGGCGUUCCUGCCCGCGGAGCGGACGUGCGGGCGCAUCGCGGCGACGGAGGCGGGGGCGGCGUGGAGCGUGGAGGCGAUGCCGGGGCCGCGGGUGAUGGGCGACAUGGUGCUGCUCCCCACGGGGGACGUGCUCGUCGUGAACGGCGCCGCCGCGGGGACGGCCGGGUGGGAGAGCGCGCGCGACCCGGUGCUGAGACCGGCGCUGUACCGGCCCGAGCGGGAGCUCGGGGCGAGGUUCGAGGAGAUGGCGCGGGCCGGGAGGGCGCGGCUCUACCACGCGGCGGCGACGCUCGACUCGUACGGGCGGGUGCUCGUGGGCGGGGGGAACCCGCACGCCGGGUACGUGUUCGACGGGGUCGAGUACCCCACGGAGCUCAGCCUCGAGGCGUUCCUGCCCCCCUACCUCCACCCGGGGCGCGACGGGGCGCGGCCGCGCGCGGCGGCGGUGGUAGCGCGCGGCGGCGGAGCGGCGGCGGCGGCGGCGGUGGGAGGGGUCGGGUACGGGGAGGUGGUGGGGGUGAGGUUUAGGGUUGGGGUUGGGGAUGGGGACGGAGGGGCGGAGAUGGAGGAGGGGGAGGAGGUGAGGGUGGUGGCGGUGGCGCCGGGGUUCGCGACGCACGCGGUGGGGAUGAACCAGAGGGUGGUGGGGAUGGGGGUGGGGAGGGUCGAGAGGAUCUCCCCGCCGGCGCCGGCGCCGGCGGAGUACGAGGCGUCUUCGGCGGCGCCGCCGUCGCCGGAGGUGGCGCCGCCCGGGUACUACCUCUGGUUCGUCGUCCACGCCGGGGUCCCCAGCGACCGAGGCGUCUGGGUCCGCAUCGGCUACCCCGGGGACCUCUCGUAACCCUAACCCUUCUCUCUCUCUCUCUCUCUCUCUCUCUCUCCUUGGUUCUUUUCUGGGGGGCGGCGAAUGAGAAUAUAGGGAGGUAGAGGGACUGGAAUGCAAAUUUUAUGUUACUUCUCGUUACUCUGGAUAUUAUGUUUCUGAAGAGUUUUCUAUCCGGGAGAUUUUUGAUCGACAAA